AUGACCACAGCACUUCGAAGCUCCGACAGUUCAUUAGAGGCUGAUCUGGAGCGUGCUGAUCUGCUUCAGAAGAAGGAUGCUGCUAAAGCGGAAGAAGGCUACCGCGCCGUUCUGGGUCGCAAGGCUGACAAUGAGGCGGAGCUCAAAUGCCAGGAGACCGCUCUUCUGAAGCUGGGAGCUUUGUACCGAGACAAGGGCAAAACAGAAGAGCUGGCUAAGCUGGUGAAGGAGUCGCGCGCUUUCAUGUCACAGAUCGCCAAGGCCAAGACGGCCAAGCUGAUCAGGUCCUUGAUCGAUCUCUUCCCCUCUUCCGCGCGCGACCUGCAAAUGAAGGUGACAAAGGAGAAUAUCGACUGGGCUCGGAGUGAGAAGCGGGUCUUCCUUCGUCAAAGCUUGGAGAUCAAGCUCAUUGCCCUGCACAUCGAUGCGCAGAAUUAUCGAGAGGCUCUGAGCAUGUCGGAGGAGUUGCUCAGGGAAUUGAAGCAACUGGACGACAAGAUCAUUCUGACGGAGGUCUUCUUAUUGGAAUCUCGUGCUGCCCACGCCAUUCAGAAUCUCCCUCGCGCUAAGGCGCAGCUUGAUCUCCAGGCUGGUGCAUUGAAUGCAGAUGACAAAGACUAUAAGACUGCUUACUCUUAUUUCUUUGAAGCGUUCGAAGGUUUCACUCAGGUUGAUGAGAACGACCCCAGGGCCUUGAGUUCUCUGAAGUACAUGCUUCUCUGCAAGAUUAUGAUGGGUUCUGUAAGUGCUACCGCUGUUGCCUCACUCACAGCUCAACAGCCCGAUGACGUGAACGCUCUUCUGUCGAUGAAGUCAGCGUCCCGCUUCUCUGGCAAGGACUUGGAAGCUAUGAAGGCUACUGCCGAAGCCCAGAAGGAACGCAGCCUCGAGUUGUUCAAGAGCACUCUGAAGGAGUAUCAGGAUCCACUGUAUGACACCCUCCUUGAGCAGAACCUACUUCGUGUGAUUGAGCCGUACUCGGCCGUCGAGCUGUCGUGGAUCUCUCAUGAGGUGGGACAGGGCCGCGACGUUGUGGAGGAGAACCAAAUGAUUUUGGAUCAGGUUUUCUUCGGUGUGCUGAACGAAAAGGAGGGUACACUGGAGGUGUUCGAUGGUCUUCCUGAAGAGAUGGGAGGAGUCAUUCAGGCUCUGUACGACAAGGUCAGUGCUAUCAGUUCCUCUUCAAGUGCUGACUGUCAGGCUACGAGUCUGUCGUAA